AUGCUUUUCUUGAUUUCAUUAAUUGGAAUUGUAUAUUCGACAUAAUUAACACUUGUGGAACCUUCUUUAACAGUACCAUCUACAAAAAAAGAUUCAAUGCCAGUCAAUGUGGCUGAUUUUGGUUAUGUUCCAUAUGGUAAAACAGUUAGUGGAAAUUUAACUUAUAUUGAAAAUACUUGUAAUCCACUCAACAUUACUUUGAAUACAACUGUUGUAUUAACAAUGGGAUCAUCUUGUAAAUUUUUAGCAUAAGCCAUGAAUGUCUAAUCAGCAGGAGCUAAAAUGCUUAUAAUUAUAUACAAUCAUGAAGAAGACAUUAGUAACUUUUUAUUAAUUGCUGAAUAUGGAUCAGAUUAAUCUUUUAUACCAACUAUGAUGAUUAAUAAAGUAGAUGGAGAAUUUUUAAUUGAAGAAUUAAAAUCAAUACCUAUUUAUGUUUCUGUAACCUUUGAAUUGAAAUAAUAAGAGAUUGUAGAUCUUUAAUAUUUUUUAUCAUCUUUUGAUUUAUUUUCAUAUUUAUUUUUAGAUGAAUUUCAUCCAUUUGCUAAAUAGAUGAUUGGUCAAAUAACAUUUGAUCCAAUAUAUAUCUAAUUUUAUUGUAAAGAAUGUGAAAAGACUGGUUAUAAAGCUACAAAUCAAAAUUGUAUAAGUGGUGGAAGAUAUUGUGCUUAAGAUCCAGAUUCUGAUGGUCCUUUGACUGGAAGAGAUGUUAUAUUAGAAGAUCUUAGAUAAUUAUGUAUUCUAUAAAAAAAUGAUUUGCUUAUAUGGUGGAAUUACAUGAUACUAUUUAAUAAAAUGUGCUUCAAUAAUUAAUAAGAUUGUCAAUCUAAAAUAAUGAAUUCUAUUUCUAUUAAUGAAACUAUAAUAAAUGAAUGUAUGACAUCUUCUUUUAUUGGAAAUAAUACUUUAUUAGAUGAUAAUACUAUAUUAAAAGAAUAAAGAUAUAAAAUUAUGAAAAAUCAUUAAGUAUAUUGGCCAUCCUUAUAUAUUAAUGGAGAAUUUUAUAAAGGAGAUUUGUAUCUAAAUAAUGCUGAUGAAAAUACUGUUUUUAAUGUUGAGGAUUUUGCAGUUCUAGAAGCUAUUUGUGAUGGUUUCUUAGAUGAUUCAAGACCUGAUCUUUGUAAUACAACUGGAUUCUUUUCCAUAAAAGAUGGUGAACUUAAAGAUUGUAUAAUAUAUCUAAUUUAUUAUUAGAAACAAGUUCAUUGAUAAUUAUUCUAAUAUGGGUAGGAAUUUCUAUGCUUAUAUUAUUUUUUAUGUUAAUCUCUUUCCUUUUUAUACGUAGAAUGAUGUUAAAAAAAGUUAGGGAUGAUGUUGGUUCUUAAGUUGAUAAUUAUCUAAAAAACUAUUAUAAGAUGCCAGAAGCUUAAUGA